CCAAUAACCACCCCUAGCUGUGACAAGUGGGAGAAGGUCAGCUCCCUCCGGGUCGGGCGGUUCUCCCGGGAGACGACUGAUGCCAUUGGCUGGCACGGCCGCCUCUGCAUGGUCAACGUCAAAGGUGACACUGCCAAGCAGGGAGCUAUCUACAGCGCAGAACAAGACUUAUGGGGUGACAUGAAGGAAGGUAUGUUAAGCGGGUGGCGGGGCCCAGCGGCCGCAAUGGACGAAGAAAUGAUCUACUUGGUGGAUGAAUCCAAGGGAGUGGUGAGGAAGUACAACGAGGAGACAGAUGGGUGGGUGGAUGUGGUAGAGAGUGAUAGGCUACGAGGGGCGCAGCAGAUGGCGGCUCGAGGUGGGCGGCUUUGCGUUGUUUGUAAAGAUGGGAGUGAGAUAGUUGUGGUGGAUGUGAUGGCAUCGCCGCCGCAAAUGUGGGUGGUUGAGCCACCACAAGGGUUCAAUGUUGCUGCGGUUCAUGUUUUGCCAAGAAUGAGUAGGACCUAAUCAAGUUUGAACUUUCUUUGACGUCCUACACCAUACAAAAAAUAGUGCUAGUUAUAUAUCAAAAAAAUCUUAAGAUGUCUUCUAUUUAUUUUAUUUUUUGGCUGUAAGAAAAUCUUGGAUUUUUAAUGAAAGUAUGAGAAUGGAAAGAAAUACUGUGUGAAAGAUUUGAUGACAAAGUCAAAUGAAAACUUUUUUAGUUCAUGUAAAAA